CUCAACCACAAAUCAAACUCAACCAGCACCCAGUGGAGAUCGGAGAGAUGGAGACGCGUAGAGCGAGAGAAAAAGCACUUUGCUGUCCGGAACGAGAGACGCUGAAAAAAAAGAUGAUCCGUUAAAGAAAAGACUGCGUCAUGGCUCAUAUCCUAUCGACGGAGAAGGAUUUUAGUUCACCCAACGGGAACAGAGAUGCGAACCUCGUUGCUUAUUAACGGGCGGUUCCGUGAUCCAAACUGUACAACUCCGCCCGUGAACGGGGAACGGGACGCAGCGCCUGUGCUAGGCAUCGCACUCUGGCUAGGUGUGGUUUCACAACACUUGGAUUAGCCUACCUAGUUCUUAUUCCACACACUCGUUCAUAAUUGAAGCUGAAGCCGUCGGGGAUGUGCUAGUCAUCUCGUCGCAACAAAGGGAAGGGCGGCUUUCAGUAACCAUGAGGGCUGUAUCGGCGAAUUUACUUGCACUUCUCUUUCUCUGCACUUGUGCCAGUGUAUUCUACGUCUGGAGCAGAUUGGAGAGAUACAACACAGGACUACAGUUAACGAGUAGGGGGUCCGCUCACAUUGGGCCAUCCCCGGACCUCUCUGCUAAAACUUUCCGGGCUUUGCUCGCCGUUCCAGUAGCACAGAGACUGCAUUUGGGGGGCAUACUGGAUGGCCACAAUCUCACUGGUGUUGCGGAUCAAACUGGCUCUUUAGGAAUCAGAGAUUACCAUAUGAAUGUAGAUAACAAGGGGUCAGCACAGAGGGGGGUCCCGGACAAAUUGGGCUCUCCGGUUGAGGGAAUUUUUUGGAGUGAAUGGCUUGAGGAUAAGUUUCCCGUCAGCUUCAGUGAGGAACAUGCCCGGGCAUGGAGAGGGAGAGCCCGGGGACAUCGGAUUGUCAGACUGGAGCCGGGCUGUGGGAGAAUAUCCAAUCAACUGGCCACUUUUUCGGACCGAUCCAAAGCAUGCGUGCGUUAUGGAAUAAACGCGGACCAGGUGCAGGGGGAAACUUUGACUUAUUACCUGGCUAGUUUGCUGGGUAUUACAAAUCUGCCGCCUCUCAUCCUCGCCCAGUUGAACGUUGACAGUGAACAAUGGGCUUCUGUGAGAAGAAGAAUAGGAGGUUUACAGUGGAGUGAGCGGGCGGUGGUCUCGCUCACCCAGUGGGUCGCCAACCUGACAGGGGUAAUCACACCUGCGCCGCUGCGCCAAGAGAGCAAGGGGCUGCGUCCUCUACGAGAGGAGCUGGGGAACAAGACGACGGCGGAGCUGCUCGAGCUAAUGCAGUGGACGGACCUGAUAAUAUUGGACUACCUGUCUGCUAACUUCGACAGGCUCGUUAGCAACCUCUUUAGCCUGCAGUGGGACUCGCGCGUGAUGGAGAGGGAGACCAACAACCUGCUCAGAACACCCCGUGGCGACCUGGUUUUCAUCGACAACGAGGCAGGGCUUGUGCACGGUUACCGUGUACUGGAUAUGUGGGAGAAGUACCACAGCACCGUCUUGGACUCGGUGUGUGUGUUCAGAAAGAGGACAGUACAGCGUGUUAUAGAACUGCACCGGCGCAGGGACACCAGGACUCGGCUGCUCGAGCUGUACAGAGACAGCGAACCAUUGUCUCCGGAAUUAGGGUUUCUCUCUGAUGAACAUGCGGGAGUACUACAGAGUCGAAUAAGCAGAUUAUACAAACACAUAUCGCAUUGCAAGGUGAAGUACCACCAGCUGGGCGUUUAGUUUUGAUUCCUCUCAUUUAGAGGUUCUGUAUCUGGCAUCUACUCCACAGAAUGACGUGUGUUGCAAAUCAGUAACCACACACCUGUACUAGAUUAAUGCGCGUCAAUUGAAACCGUUUUUUAAUAUAUUGAUGAACUACCUCUUGUGAAAACAACGUUUUGCCUACUUUAUAUGUCUGCAUAAAUAGUCACAUUGACGUUGAUUUUUGGCUUCGUGCAGGAUGGGUCAUAAUUUAUUUUCAGCCAGCCUCAAAACAUAGCUGCAGGAAUAAUGUGAUAUGAGCCAAUGCAUCUUUGUAGCUGUUUAGGAGCCAAUGCAUCUUUGUAGCUAUUUAGGUUUAUUGGUCAGCCUUCAACCUCAGGAGUUUGAUAGGCUACACAGCUGUGUUUAUUAAUAGGAAUAAACUAUUGUGGUGUAAGGGGGGAUAAUGAAUAAUCAUCUGUAUUCACAAGGUGCAUUGUGUUCAAUAAUCUCCAUAGGAAACUGGAUUGCUUGAUAAUGAGAACCAGGCCUUAAUAGGUUACUCCUAAAAAGUUUUGUAUUUGUUGCCACAAAAAUGUAUAAUGUAGACUUUGUCACCUGUCUCACUCCUUUUAUAGAAGCUCUAGCCUACUGUACAAUCAAUUGUCAUUGCAAACACGUUCAUGUAUUUGGUUGUCUUGUGAUUGUAUCUUCUGCCUUAAUGUCAGUGGUGUAGUGGGGGAUAUAUGCAGGUAGCAGAUAUAUGCCAUUUACCCACUUUUUCCCCGUGGGCAUUGCGUAUACUCACUACUUAAUCCCCACUGAUGCGUAACAAAGUAGUAUAGUGAAGGUAUAUGCCAUAUAAAUUAUGUAGUACAUUUACAUUACAUUUAAGUCAUUUAGCAGACGCUCUUAUCCAGAGCGACUUACAAAUUAGUACAAUAGAUACUUUAUUCACAAAGUAGCCUACACAAUCGUAAUAAAGCAUGUGAAAUAUAUGCACAUGCGCGCCGCACACAUAGCUACACUGAAUAUAAACGCAACAUGUAAAGUGUUGGUCCCAUGUUUCAUGAGCUGAAAUAAAAGAUCCCAGAAAUGUUCCAUACGCAUAACAUUUUUUGUGCACAAAUUUGUUUACAUCCCUGUUUGUGAACAUUUCUCCUUUUGCCAAGAUAAUCCAUCCACCUGACAGGUGUGGCAUAUCAAGAAGCUGAUUAAACAGCAUGAUCAUUACACAUGGCAACAUUAAAAAGCGACUCUAAAAUGUGCACAACACAAUUCCACAGAUGUCUCAAGUUUUGAGGGAGCGUGAAAUUGGCAUGCUGACUGCAGGAAUGUCCACCAGAACUGUUGCCAGAGAAUUCAAUGUUAAUUUCUCUACCGUAAGCCACUUCUAACAUCAUUUUAGGGAAUUUGGCAGUGGAUCGAACCGGCCUCACAACCGCAGACCACAUGUAAGGCGUCGUGUGGACUAGCAGUUUGCUGAUGUCAAUGUUGUGAACCUACUGCCCCAUGGUGGUGGUGGGGUUAUGGUAUGGGCAGGCUACAGACAACGAACACAAUUACAUUUUAUUGAUGGCAAUCUGCAUACCAUUACGAGGUCCUGAGGCCCAUUUUUUUUAAGGUAUCUGUGACCAAAAGAUGCAUAUCUGUAUUCCCAGACGUGAAAUCCGUAGAUUAGGGCCUAAUACAUUUAUUUCAGUUGACUGAUUUCCUCAAUUGAACAGUAACUUGGUAAAAAUCUCUUAAAUUGUUUCAUGUUGCGUUUAUAUUUUUGUUCGGUAUAGUUUCAGCGGAAUAUCAGACAGUCAAAGUGUGCAGCUCUCAUGAUUGUCGCAGGGAGAGGUUCAUAGAAUUGAACGGAAUCGGUAGUCAGUAGGGUUGGCAGAUAUUUAAACUUAUUGAAAAAGUCUUUGUUGAAUCUUUGCGAUUCAUAAUUUAGUGCUAAUUUGAAUGAACAUUUUUAAGGCUUUCCCCCCGAAACUUCCCAAUUAAAUGUUGACUGCAACAACAAAAAAACUCCUAAAAAUAUUUUGACUGAUUUUACACAGGCCUCAAAAAUGGUCUCCUGGUGUGGUUUAAAGAUGCACUAUGCAGAAACCACUCUGCCAUUUCUUGGUUGCUAAAAUUCUAAUAGUUCCCUAAUUUCGGUUUAUGUGACAAAACAAGCAAGUAUAGUGUAAAUAAUCAGCGUACCAUCUAAACCUAAGAAAUAUAUUUUCCAUAGCCAAACAUUUUCAUCUGUUUGAACCUGGGGUACAAAACCAAAAGUAAAAGAUGCAAAAAGACAACAUAAGAACAGGAUGCAUAGAUAUAGCGCACAAAGAACAGAUCUACCGCCUCUUAGACUUGCUUUCAAUGAGAAUGCCAGAUCUAUAACUCACCUUUCUAUGUGAAUUUGGUUGGGUCGUCCAAAAAGUUACAUAUUACAGCUUUAAGCAUUGUUGUGGACUUAGAACAUCCAAUUUUUGUAGUUUUUCUAUUAAAAAAGUUAGAUUUUGAGAGUGAGAACCUGAAAAAACUAGGGAAACCUAGCAUUGUUCACACAAGGCGCCUUUCCUUCAUUGGGCAGGCCGUUUUGAAAUAUAUUUUUGCAAAAUUAGAGGUAUAUCCACUUUUCCAAGAACCACUACACCACUGCUUAAUGUCAUGACCCAGUCAUAUUUGUUGUACAUGCUGCACUGUGAAUACUGUAUAUGUUACCCUGUUUUUGACAUUCACAAUUGCAAUCCCCUUUCAUCAAUUCAAUGUGCAUUGUAACAUUCCAAUCUUCCUGUAUUAUUUGCUAAGUAUAUUGUAAUUUAAGUUGUCAAGACCACAUGUUUGGUAUUCAACCCUUCUUUAGCGGAGUACAAUGGCAGGUCCAAUAUUUGCCUGUUCUGUGUGUUCAGUCCUCAGGUUUUCAUAUAAAGGGCUUUGUCCCAUCCUUGUCCACUA